AUGAUCGUAAGGAACCUCGUUUGGGGUGUACCACCAGAAGAUCCUAAGGAGAGAGCAUUAUUAAUGAAGAUCGACUGGUUCGUCUUAUCAUUUGCUUGUCUCUUAUAUUGGGUCAAUUAUCUUGAUCGGUUGAACUUCACUAAUGCCUAUGUUCUGGGUAUGCAAGAAGCUAUUGGGAUGAAGGCAGAUGAUUUCAAUGUUGCCAAUACUUGUUUCACCGUUGGUUAUAUUGUGUUUAUGAUCCCCCAUAAUCUUGUGAUUAUGAAGAUUAGACCAAGCUAUUGGUUAUCUUUCUGUUGUUUUGCCUGGGGGUUAUUGACCUUGGGGACCUACAAGGUGUCUCAUGUUUAUCAAGUGUUUGUGAUUCGUUUCUUCAUGGGUAUCUUUGAAGGUGCCACGUUCAUUGCUAUCCACUAUAUCUUAGGUUCUUGGUAUAAAGACUAUGAACUUACAAAGAGAUCGGCGGUUUUCACUUGUUCUGGUUUGGUGGGAAGUAUCUUCUCCUCAACCAUGCAACUGGCAAUUUACACUAAUAUGGAUAUGACCCAUGGAAUUGAAGGUUGGAGAUGGUUGUUUAUCAUUGACUUUUGUAUUACCAUCCCAAUUGCAUUGUAUGGGUUCUUUUGUUUCCCAGAUACUCCAGAAACUUGUAAGGCCCUUGUGUUCUCAGUGGAAGAUCUUGAAUUGGCUAAAUCCAGAAUCAAAAAUAAAGAAGAAAUCACUCGUUUCGAUUGGUCCAUUCUUAAACGGGUGAUUACCAAUUGGAAAUGGUUUGCCUUUUCCUUUUUAUGGGUUUUGGGUGGUGAAAAUGAAAGUUUCUGUUCCAAUGCCUUACUUGCUUUAUGGUUGAAAUACUUUAAGUAUACUGUCCCUCAAAGAAAUCAUUAUCCAAUGGGUGUUUAUGCUAUUGGUAUUGUUUCUACGUUUGGAGCGGCCCUUUAUGUUGAUGCAACGGGGGCUCGUUACCAUUAUAGAGUUGGUCUAUUCAUUGGUAUAUGCAUGAUUGUAUCUGCCAUCUUAUUGGUCUCAGGUCCUUUGAAUAAGCAUGUCUUUUUUGCAGCUCAAUAUUUGGCUGGUGUUUCGUUCGCAGGCCAGGCUUCGUUCUUUGCCUAUGCUAAUGUGCUUUGUAAAGACGAUAGAGAAUUGAGAGGCAUUGUCAUUGCUUCUAUGAACAUGUUCAGUAAUGCAGUGAAUGCUUGGUGGUCUCUUUUGUUUUAUGCAGCAGAUGAUGCUCCAAAGUGGACUAAAGGUGCUAUUGCUAUGUUCUGUACUGCUCCUGUCAGUAUGAUUGUCAUUGUGUUUAUCAGAUUCAUGCAAAAGAGAGAAGAAUCUAAGGGUCCCACUACAGUGGACCCUGAAUCAGAGGCUGAUUCUGCUUCCGAUACUAAAAAUCCUGCUACUAUUAAAGUUCAUCCUGUUGAAAGUAAAUCUUCAUAA